GGGCAAGGGUGGGGGAGGGGAGGGACCGAGCCCCGAGUGGUGCGGGUGCGGGUUCGGGAAGGUUUAGAAACUAAGAUUCUAUUCCCUGGCCCUGCACCGGCUUCCCUCACCUCCUCUCCGUCGGUUCCCACACCUCGGGGCUUGAGACUGAAAGAGCAUCCCGGGAAGGGGCAUUCCAGCCGCCUAUUCAGAGAUCCCCCCAAAACCUGAUCUUGAAGUUGGAGGCCCCCGGGAAAGUUCAUUUCUAACCUUUCAGAAGAGCGAGAGGGUUUGAGGCUGCCUGACCCCAGGCGAGUGUGUGGGGUUCCGAGGCUCAGGCAGCAUGACGACGGAGACCUUCGUGAAGGAUAUCAAGCCCGGGCUCAAGAAUCUGAACCUCAUCUUCAUUGUGCUGGAGACAGGCAGAGUGACCAAGACAAAGGACGGUCACGAAGUUCGGACCUGCAAAGUGGCAGACAAAACGGGCAGCAUCAAUAUCUCCGUCUGGGACGACGUGGGCAACCUGAUCCAGCCUGGGGACAUUAUCCGGCUCACCAAAGGGUACGCUUCAGUGUUCAAAGGUUGUCUGACAUUGUACACUGGUCGUGGGGGUGAUCUUCAGAAGAUUGGAGAAUUCUGUAUGGUUUAUUCUGAGGUUCCUAACUUCAGUGAGCCAAACCCAGAGUACAGUGCCCAGCAAGCACCCAACAAGACGGUGCAGAACGACAGCAGCCCUGCAGCUCCCCAGCCUACCACUGGACCCCCUGCUGUUUCUCCAGCCUCUGAGAGCCAGAACGGGAAUGGACUGAGCGCCCCCCCAGGCCCUGGCGGUGGCCCGCACCCCCCUCACGCUCCUUCCCACCCGCCCAGCACCCGGAUCACCCGAAGCCAACCCAACCACACACCUGCCGGCCCUCCUGGCCCCUCCAACAACCCUGUCAGUAACGGCAAAGAGACCCGGAGAAGCAGCAAGAGAUAGCAAGACGUUCUUCCUCCCUCCCCACCACCGGCCAUACCCCAAGUGUCUGCUAGAGAACACAGCCUCUCCCGGGCUGCUGGCUUGGGGGUGGGAAGGGAUAGGUAGCAAUAUUUUAGCCACUAAACUUCCCUAAAGGGGUGGUUAGAAGCGGCCUUAUCCACCCUACACCCAUACUCACCCCUGUACCCAGCUGAAGCUGCCUGUGCCCUGGGAUGAGGGUCCCUGCCUGCCCUUCUUCCUCUUCAGAAACGCGUCAUGGUCUGUUUCUUGUACGUGUGUGAUGUGGAAAUCUAACUGAAUCCCUUCUUCCCAAUAAAUGUUACUACUCCGUA